CUCUGCCAGAAAUGGGAGAGUUCACUUCUUUGUGAAAAUCUCGGAAUUGGAUUCUCAACUUUGGGAUCAAGCAGUGAAGGACCCGGAAUACGACACCUCCAUGGGCCCCAGAAAGACUGAGAAGCUGUGCUUGCCUUUCUAUCCGGAUGAAGGCGCUGCCCUGCCCAUGCCCGGCCCUGCCCCGCUGCUGGCGGCCUGGGUCUCACUCCAUGGCUGAGGGCUCCGGCACUCAGUCCCUGGGGAAAGGGCCCCCGCUCAGCGUCCAGCUCCUGCGCGCACAGUACGAACUCUGGAGGCGGCAGCAGCGGGCCCAGGCCCACCUUGUGGUGCUCCCGAAAGGAGGGAACAUGCCUGCCCCUGCUGAAUCCAUGGUCAGUGCUGUUUGGAUUAACAAGGAGAGAAGGCGGUCACUGUCCCAGGAACAGGUGGAUCCUGAGGCAGAGGGGAGCCUGGAGGAGGCUGACAGAGGCUGUGUCCAGACCCCCGAGUCUCCAUGGCACACGCAUCUAGAGAUGCACCGCUCAGUCCAGACCUUCCACCAGGAAACCAGUCUUCAGGAGCAACACAAGGGCAAGCUCAUGGUGCCUGAGCAAAGCCUCCCUCAGGGAGGAGCCCCAGGCCCAUCUGAAAACAAUCAGGUGACUCAGGAAGGGACUGCGACCCCAGAGGCAGCCCAGCAUGAACAUCAGGUGGGCUGCACCCCAUCAAAGGCAGUGGGGUCUGGCCUGAACACUGGCACUCAGUGCCCUCCUUCCAUCAAGAGUCCGUGUAGGUCUGGAAAACCAGCUCCCUACCCCUUUCCCCAGAGGAAAACUCCCAGGAUCUCCCAAGCUGCCCGCAGCCUCGGUUUAUAUGGCCCAGCCUGAAGCUUUCCACUCAGCCACUGACGGCCUCAUCAAAGAGCCUAGGAAGCAGAGCCCCAAUGAGGCCUGGAGCUUUGAGCAGGAAUGGACUAAUCCAAUCGUAAGGCUUGUUGGACAUGAACUGUGCAGUGGGCACACGGUUUCGCCCUUCAAAAUGGCAGAGAUUGCCCAGGCCAGACUGCUCACAGUUCAGGCUGAAAGAGUGCUGUCCCACCAGCGCGGCCCAUUUCACUUGCAUGAGGAGCCCUGAUCUGCAGCCAGAAGGCCAUCUGCUCCGUCCCCAGAAGUGGGGAAUUUGGGGCCAUACCACAGGCCGCCUCGCCAGGGAAUACCCUAGCAGUGCCCUGGCGCCAGCAGACAGGGGCACCCUCGUUUUCAGGGUCUUCCGAUGGCCUCUCACCUACUCUGGAGAAGAUGGGCUCUGAGAACUGCUAUUUCUGGUCACUAUGCCUGGAGGCCAGCCCACUUAGAAGUCACCGCAUUCUUGGUAGUGACCACUAUUUCUGUUGAGUCCCCCAAAUACGGUCACCCUGGGUAAAAAAGAUCAGAACAAUGCCACCCAUCAUUUGGUGUGUUUAAAGUGUCCUUAGAAAGGGUUGGUCGUGUCUCCCCUCUUACUCAGUCUCCCCACUCCAGUCUCAUCUCGGAUAUAUUUCCUUCCCUCCUUCCUUCUCUCCCUUCCUUCCUUUGCUUCCACAUCUUUGUCUUCUCUCCUUCCCUCCCUUCCUCCCUCUCUCUCUCCAAUUAAGUUCUUCCUUAGCACUGCCGAUCAUUGCAGGUACCUCCUAAUAGGAGCCUGAGCAGGAGAAAGAAAUGCGCCUGCAUGGAAAAUAUGUGUUCCCCAUGAGUCAAAUUUAGUCAAUAUGUGGUCCCGUUUCAGUCAAAUUUAGAUGAUUCAGAUCCUUCCUGGGACAUCUGAAACCUACAACAAUGUGAAGCAGGUGUUACUUGGGUGAUGGAGAGAAAGUAGGUCUUCCCCAGUUAAUGUGUAACUUUGGUAAUGGGAUUUAAAUACACGUAAGGUGCCUUUCCCUUAUCAGAUUCUCUCUGUAAAAUUUCACCUGCAUCCACUGUUUUUCCCCAUGACAACUGAGUCCUGCCCAUCUGCAUCCAGAGUGGUUAACUAAGAGUGUCAUUUCCUGUCAAAAAUACGUGUGCCUGCUCCUUAGACCACCCAGAAAUUCACUCCAAUUUGGGGAUUCAUUGUGAUUCCUUUGUGAAUAAUUAAUGAGCCAAUUGUGAUUUUUGUAGUCUAAUGAAAAUACAAGGAAAUUUUCUGAAGAAA